ACCUGUUUUUUCCCGGGACUCAAUUUACCGCUUUCAAAAUGUACCAAACUUAUCUCGGACUCAAUUUACCUAGCCCCCUUGUAAUACAAUUGUUUUCACGUCUUAUAUUAAUGUCUUAAAAUAGACAUGGAAAUACCGAUGUCUCGGUCGGUACGCACUACGCAACAUUCCGCUGCCCGCACUUUGCAGUCUGUUGUUUAUCAGUUCACAAUUGUUUUCCAAUAUCCCCUAUAAUUUUAUAUUAUAUGCAUUACAUAUUAUUAUUACUUUUUCGAUUUCUACACAACGACACGAUUUAUGAUUAAUAUUUCAUUUUUAUUUUAUUUAUUCUUUAAUUUUUUUGUGGUUAUCGUAAUAUCGUUAUUUGCUGUUCGGCAUUCGCUUCGGUUUCGUUUUCAUUUAAAUUUAUUUGUGUUACAAUUUUUAUGAAAACAUGGAAUCUAAACGUAAACGUUUUAAACUUGAAUGUCUUGAUUGUGGUAGUGUUUUUAAUAAUGACUAUAAAUUAAAACAUGAACGCGAUAUGCAUCAGGGGAAAAAAGUGAAAAUACAACACUUUGGUGCUCCUAGCAACCCGUUUGCAGCAUCAAAACAAAAAAAAAAUAAAGAAUUGCAAGCUGAAGAAAGUUGUAAACUAGAGCCCAAAUUGUGUAAUGUUGUUCCACAGACCAGUAAUAAAAUGCAAGCUGAAGAAAUUUGUGAACCAGAGCCCAAAUUGUGUAAUGUUGUUCCACAAACUAGUAUUGAAAUGCAGUCUUCAUGUGAAGUAGAAAAAUCACCAGAAUCAUCUCUUCCUUCUACUAUUGACGGUGAUAAUGAAAAUUCUUGGAUUACCUGUGUUGGUCAUUUAGAAGCCAUCAAACAAGAUUUUUCAGAGUUAAUUGAUGAGUUAACAAGCAUUAAAAAUACCGAAUUUCCAAAUCCAAUACACUUUUUGAUAAAAAGUUCACAUAGUGUAACUAGUAUCAAAACUAAAUUGGAUAAUUAUGUAACACUAGCUAAAAUUGUAUUAGACGAUAUGACAAAUUCUUGCAAUGAUUCUGAACCCAUUACUGCGAGUAACAAUUCAAAUGAUGCAUUUGUGGAUCAUGACCCAGGUAAGCGUGUUGCAAUUCAAACUUCAUGUCAACGACAAUUUUUAAUUUCUUUGGGACCAUAUCAACCAAAAUUGUCGUCAUACCCAAAAGAUACUAGUAUAUCUGCCUACAAGCAACAGCAGUUCACUUCUAAGUGGUUUAUUGAAUAUCCAAUGCUUGAAUAUAGUAUUUUCAAUGAUUCAGUGUACUGUUUUGUAUGUACUUUAUUUCCUCAUCGAUGUGGUCAUAGUAAAACUGCAUGGGUAGUUGGUGGUGUAAGGCAGUGGCAAAAAAUGAAAAGCCGUGGGAAGGAUAAACAAGGAAAACUAGCCCAACAUUUUUCAUCAGCUUCACAUAAAGAAGCCAUGUUAGAUUAUUGUGCGUUUACUACUAAAUCUAACAACAUUGAUGUUUUUUUCAAUAAACAGUUACGGCAAUCUGCUAUACGUGAGAAACAAGAACAAGCAUUUAAUAAAGAUGCAGUCAGUAUUUUGAUAGAUUUAGCACGUACUUUAGCGAGACAAGGGCUUGCGUUUCGUAGUCAUAAUGAAGGUGCAAAUGAAUUACAAGAUGGAAAUUUUUAUCAAAUGGUUCUUUUACUUUCCCGUCACAAUGCAAUAUUAAAAAGAUGGCUUAAUGAUAAAUCUAUGCGUUCUCAUAAAGUGACAUAUCUCAGCAUGAAAUCUCAAAAUGAAUUUAUAGAACUUUUAGCUGCAGAAACACGUAAGAAUAUAGUUGAAGAAGUGUUAACAUCUGAUAUAUUCUCAGUUUUAGCUGAUACCACACCAGAUGUUGCACUUAAGGACCAAUUAUCUGUUUGUUUGAGGUAUGUUGACCAAGGAGGAUCACCAAAUGAACGAUUACUUGAUGUUAUUGAAGUUUCAGACAAGACUGGAUAUGGAAUGGCAAAAAGUAUAUAUGACACUUUGAUAAAACAUAAACUAAAAACUGGAAACGUAGCAUUUCAGUCAUAUGAUUAUGCUAGUAGUAUGAGUGGUGUUAACAAAGGAGCUCAACGUUAUUUUUCUGAGUUAGUUGGACAUAAAGUUCCGUAUAUUCCAUGUCAAGCUCACAGGUUAAAUACCUUCCUAGAACACGGAUGUAAGGCUAGUCUUAUAAUUGGAAAUUUCAUUGACAUUCUUGAAAAUAUUUAUGUAUUUUUCUCAGCAAGUACAAAAAGAUCAAGUAAUUUAAUGGAACGUAUGGAUAAAAUCGAGGGAAGUCUAAAACUCAGAAACUUAUCCAAAACUCGUUGGACAGCCCGAGCCGAAAGCAUCAAAGCAGUGUGGACAUCUUUAGAAGCAAUUGUUGACACAUUAGAAUAUAUUAACAAUUCAAAUAGUUUUGAUAAUUUAACUAAAACAAAAGCUAUCGGAUUAAAAAAAAAAAUUCUAAAUUUUGAUUUUUUUGUUUCAUUAAUAUUUAUGAAGAACAUAAUGUAUAAAGUUAAACAUUUGACAGAAUCUUUAGAGGCCAAAGAACUAAAUGUGUGUGAUGCAGCAGUCUUAAUAAAAAGUACAAUUUCAUCAUUGGAAAAAAUUAGAUUGGAAACAGAAAACAUGGACAAUUUGAUUAACAGUGCUAAAAUUACAGCUCAAUCAUUUGGUGUUGAUUCAGAUACAGACUUUAAUCGUUAUCACCGAAUCAGAAAGAGACCUAAGCGACUUGAUGAAAAUACUGACAAUAGUGCUCCUUAUGAAUUGUUAAAUUUUUACAGACAACAUUUUAAUUUAGUUUUAGAUACAUUGAUUAAUUUAUCAAGUUCAAAUUUAAAUGUUUUUGUUGAAACAAUUCAACCUAUGUAUAAAAUAUUAAGUGUUCCGUUGAAAGUGAACACAUCACAAGAUUUCAGUGAAGCCUUUUUUCUUUUCCCUCCUAUGAGUCAUGGAGCUAAGCUCUUAGAUUAUGAUGCAGUUGCAGCAGAAUGGGAAAUACUAGCUACCCAAUGUCUCAAUGAAAAUUUAAAAUGUAUAGAUGUCCUUCAAAAAUCAGAAGAAGUAAAACACAUAUUACCUUGUGCUAAUUGGUUUUGCCGCCUUUCAUUUACAUCACCAGUAACAACAGCUUCUAGUGAACGGACUUUUAGUAAAUUGAAACUUAUUAAACAGUGUUUACGUUCUACAAUGACUUCAAACCGUCUUAGCUCGUUGAUGAUAUUGAGUUGUGAAAAAGAUAUUGUCGAUAAAUUAGAUAUAGAUUCUGUUGUCACAAAAUGGUCUUUGGCCAAACAAAGAAGAAUAAAUAUUUAA